AUACUCAUUUCAUUGAGCGUGAUAAUCGUGGUGGGUCUUCUUUUGGCGUGGGGACCAAUUCCGCCUCCUUAUUACCUUAAAAUAGCGAACUAUGUCUUGAAGGAUGUUAUGAGUGAUGAGGAAAGGUUUCUUGAAAAUGAGCUUCAACUUGCUCUCAAGGAAUGGAGAAUGUAUCAGAUUGAAAGCCGCUUUGGCCAAGAAUGGUGCAAAGAAAAUUUUACAUCGAGAAAAAACAAUGUAACAUGGCUUACAAUUGUCGUCAACGACGAAUUUGCUAUUCCUGCACUGGUGCUUGGUCUCUCUAUCCAAACAUUUUCUUGCCAGAGGAAUAUGGUAGCCUUGAUUUCGGACACGUUCUCCACGGAGACACAUAGGGCUCUUCAGAAAAUUGGCUGGGACACCCGCAUAGUCGAGGCAAUGGACUGUGAUUGGCUUGAGACCAAAUAUAACGCGAUUGACUAUCGUGCAUUUACUGGAGGGGCAGGAAUUAAGGGUACGCAUACUCGAUUCCACGCUUGGAACUACACCGAGUUUUCCAAAAUCAUUUAUGUCGAUGCUGAUUACAUGUUGAUGACGAAUAUCGAUCAAUUGUUUGAUAUUCCAGGUGACUUUGCUGCUGCACCUUGCUCCAGACCGGGUGUAGUGGAUCCAUGUUUCAAUGCAGGUCUCAUGGUGUUCAGACCAGACGUGCAACAGUACCAAGAUAUCCUGAGUUUGUGGCGGAAAAUGACUAGACAUGGAACUUGUCCAAAUGAUCAGGUUCUGCUAUGGUAUUAUUACGUCGCCGAGGGCAAUUGGAAAAGGCUUCCUUACGCAUUCAACAUCAGACGCAACAUCUACAGGCCCCUUAAUUCAUUCCAUUUUGCCUGCUGUAGUCCGCCUAAGCCAUGGUCGGCAAAGUGCAGACCAAGUAGGAAAGAGGCUGAAGAUUACGACAGACCAAUAUUGGUUACCGAUGACAUGAUAUUAGUUUUUUGGAAGAAGUUUUACGAAUUGCUAAGGAGGUACGAUUUAGAGAACUGGUGGAGAUCCACGAAAUGGUUUCGGCCAGAUCAGGAGUUUCAUGCUGAGCCAUUUGCUGCCUGUAACAAGGUUGGCAGCCAGGGAACCAAUUUCACUUUGUGGACUGAGCUCCCUUCAUUUGGAUAUUUAACAAGUUUCAAUUUCACUAAAAUCAAUCUUCCUUUCCCAAAUUAUUGGGACUCGAUAUUUUCUAGAAAUCAGACAUCUUGUAAAUAAUGUUUUAAGACCCCAUGAACACGAAGAAGGGUAAGCCUUUCGAAUUACUAGAAGGUGGCGCCUUAGCUUGUUCCGUAGACGUUUAAUUAUAGUCUUGUAUCCGACAGGAUCUGGGUACGAGAUUAGUUCGGUUAGUAAACAAAGCGCGAGUGUAUACAGCGCUAUAGUAGCGAGGGAGCAAAACACCGAGGGAGGAAGGUUCCCCAAACGAUCGCAGAAUUUGGUUCGUAUCAUAAUUUCAAAUGUAUCAGCAAAUGACUCAAAGAUGCAAAGUGUGGCUCCCAUAGUGUGUUGUCGAAAAGCUAAGAACAGUGGACUUAACUGAAGCGAUUCAGUCAGGGUUCGUACCCUUUUUCAGAAACAAAUUUCCAGGACUUUUCCAGGACUCAGAUUGAUUUUUCUAGGAAUCCAAUUUUCCCCAUAAAUCCUCUCAUUCCCAAGAUUUCAAAAUCAAUUCUUCUACACUUCUUUUUAACAUAAAUUCUGAAAACUUUAUUGCUUGUGUUAAGAAGAUUUCCAGGACUUUCCAGGUUUUCAAGCACCCGAACGAACCUUGUUCAGUGUUUAUUCAGUCCACACCUUACGUGUGUUUGCAUGGUUCAACAGAAGGAAAAAUCUAGCCAUCUUAGCCAAACAGACUCAGUUCGCAUCAAUGCAUUAAAUAUGUAGCCGAAUUAUUCCACCAAAGAACUGCAGCAUAAAUUCAGUAAACAAGUCUUGGUGAUUGUUUUCACCGUCUUCAAAACGACAGGAAAAACUAAAGUGCCGCUAGUAAAAAACACUUCCUUCCUGCUCACGGGUCCAACGAGAUCUCAGUUGUUGGAGCCACAGGUAGUCCAAAUUCGAUAUACGACCACAUAUAUACUAUAAAAGAAAUGUAUAGGCGGAAACGGUGACAAAUAUUGAUGAUUUAACUAUAAAGAUAGCUGACUUUACUUCAGUCUAGCGUUUCUUUGUCUCCGGUGUGACUGUUGGGUCGAUUCGAAGCGAUUUGGCGGUUUUUAGCUCACCCACCUUUUUUUUUUUCGAAGAGGACCUUGCAACCUAUCCAGCCGCGAUAGGAAAAAACGUUCGAAUGAAGCAGUCUGCUAACUUUUAGAGUGAAAUCACGGAUAUUUUGGGUUUCUACAUGCAACCGUCUCGUUCGAACAAUUUUAAUAAAUAAUUCUGCUUUUGCGAAAUGCAGCAGAUGUACUUAUGUCAGCAACGAGCACGGGCUACCCGUACAGAAGAAAAUUGAAAUACCUUGAGCUUUCGUUAAAUGUUUACAUCUUUCCGCGCUAAUUAAUGAGAACUGUGGCUUUCCCUGGCCUGUGAUAUUUCAAAAGCUCUACAAUCUAUUGAGGCGUUUACCAACUCCGCGGGAUUUCAAACAAUUACUUGCUUACUUCCUUUUAAAGCAAAAUUUCCACUGUAAGAAAUAAUGUAUCGCUAUUUUCCUACGUUUCUAAUUAUUUUGUAUUCAGUGGGCAAAAUAGACUUGAUAGAAAAAUUGAAACUGGUAACCUGAAUAGGGCUACACAAUGCUUGUUUUGAUUAAAUAUUUAAGUCACGAGGCAAGAAGCUUCGCCAUCUGUCACACAGUGGGAUAAUCGCUUGGGAUAAGAAACGAAAUUUUUUGUUUUAAGUCUCUUAAUUUUGAAGAACGCAUAUUUGCUCUUCUAAAGGUGUUUCUAUUUUCCAAGAGGCUAAAAAAAAAAGUUAAUAUCUAAGUAAUUCACGAAUUUCUCCUGCCGUACCAUCAAUAAGUUCAAAACAUAUCGAAUUACCCAAACGAAUGGUUGCACAUUUGAGAGAUUACGUGGCCCACAGAUCCUGUUUUCAUAUAACCUGUCACACAAGGAAUAAAAUCGACUGAUAGUCUAUCAGCAAGGCGACUAACAUGUAGUAUAUGCAUUAUAAUUGGAAUUUUCGUCCAACCCGGCGAUUCGCAACCACAGGUCUUCUAACCACAAACAACCUGUAGUAUUGUUAGUAGCUUGACUAUGAAGGACACAAAAAAAACACAUGGCGGAUCACAUCGGCCUCUUUACGGAUUGACAGUCUUGAUUUCGAUCGCGGUGGUGAUUUUCAUCUUUCUGUGGAGACCAAUACUGCUUUCGUAUUUCUUCAGAUACACUAAGAUUAUUAUUUCAGAAGCUAUGAGCUAUGAGCAAAGAAUUAUGGACAAUGAAUUACAGCUUGCUCGUAAGGAAUGGAGAACGUACCAGAUUGAAAGCCGUUUUGGGCAAGAAUGGUGCAAAGAAAAUGUACAAUCAAGAAGCGAUGUCACAUGGCUAACAAUUGUGGUAAACGAUAAUUUCGUCGUUCCUGCGUUGGUUCUGGCUCACUCCAUUCGAACGUUCUCUUGCCACAAGAACAUGAUCGCUCUGAUUGCAGAUACAGUGACAAAAGAAGCCCAAAGGGCACUUCAGAGAGUUGGUUGGGAAACUCGAGUAGUCGAAGCAAUGGACUGUGACUGGCUGGAUGCAAAAUUAAGCUUUGAAAGAAACGAAGGAUUGUUCGGAAGACCACGAGGCUACAGAAUAAUAGGAACACACACUCGAUUUCACGCGUGGAAAUUUACUGAAUUUUCUAAAAUCAUUUAUGUCGACGCCGAUUACAUGUUGAUGACGAAUAUCGAUCAACUGUUCGAUAUUCCAGAUGACUUUGCCGCCGUUCCAUGCGCACGACCUGGUGUAGUAGAUCCUUGCUUUAAUGCUGGUCUCCUUGUUUUUAAACCCGACACGAAAUACUAUCAGGAAAUCAUGGACUUAUGGCGAGAAACCACCGAAAGAGAUACUUGUCCCGACGAUCAAGUUUUGCUCUGGCAUUAUUAUGCAGAUGCUGGUAAAUGGAGAGCACUUCCUUACGCGUUUAACAUCAGACUCAUCACCUACAGACCUUUUAACUCUUAUCACUUUGCUGGAGGCAAAGGCGGCUAUCAUCCCCCCAAGCCGUGGUCCGCAGAUUGCAGACCAAGCAGGAAAGAAGCUGCAGAGUAUGACAGACCAAUUGUUGAUAUAACAGAUGUAGAAAUAAUUUUCUGGAAGAAUUUUUAUCAGCUAUUGCAAAGGUAUAAUUUAGAGGACUGGUGGAAAUCUACAAAGCUGUUUCGACCAAGGCAAGAGUUUGGUGUUGUACCCUAUGUGGAUUGUAAACAAAGUGACUUGUGA